AUCCAAGCGCUGUGCUGUCCACUUAUUUGCAAUUGCCAAUGCUGAUUUGGUAAAGAAAUAUGGUAUUAACACAGUAAUGCAGCCAGUUAUUGAUGAUUUGAACAUUCUGUAUCAAGGAUGCAAAAUGGAGAUCAAUGGUGUGGAAAAAGUUAUCCAUGGGAAGGUAUUAUUGUGUGCGGGUGACACACUUGGUCAGCAUUAUUUGGGCGGAUUCAAAGAAGGUGUUGGUGUAGCUUUCCAAAAAUGUCGGCAUUGUCAGUGCUCAUUUGAACAGAUGCAGACUGACUUCUUGGAAGAAGAGUUCAAUCUAAGAACAAAGGAAAACUACAGUGAACAGUUUGAUGCCAUUGAACAGGCACCAACUCCAAGUGUCCAAAAAGAUCUAAGAACGACUUAUGGACUAACACAGAGAAGUUCCCUUUGCCAGCUACCCACAUUUGAUGUCACACAGCAGCUCCCCCAGGAUAUCAUGCACACUCUGCUUGAAGGAGUUGUGCAGUAUGAGGUUCGACUAGUUCUUCUUCAUUACCUACAAUCGGGUCAAACCAGUCUAUCUGAAAUCAAUGGAGCAAUAUUAUCCCAUGAAUAUGGAUACUCAGAGAUCAGCGACAAACCAACUCCCCUGAAGGAUACUGUGUUUCAUGGUGAAGAAAGAUACAAGCUUAAGUACAAUGCUGCAAAAGCUCGCCUAUUUUUACGACUCUUGCCAUUUUUCAUUGGUCCUUUUGUUGACAGCAAUGGUCCGCAUUACCAGUUCCUCAUACAAUUGAUUCAGAUUGUUCAAUUGAUUUUCUCACCAGUAAUUAAAUUGGAGAACAUUGACUACUUGGCAGAACUUAUCCAACAACAUCUGACCACAUUUAAAGAUUUGUUUCCAAACUGUAACAUAAUCCCGAAACAACACUAUUUGCUCCAUAUCCCGUCUACAAUUAGAAUGCUUGGACCAAUGGUUAGAUCUUCCUGUUUCAGUUUUGAAUCUGCUCAUAAUUAUUUUAAAGAGUUGGCAAGAAAGCAGAAUUUCAAGAAUUUGCCAUUGUCACUAGCUAAGCGCCAUCAGUUCAAUUUGUGCAGCAACUAUGGUGAUUCAAACGAGAACCCAAGCUCACAUCCACUGUUUUCAACAGAAAGGGAAUAUGGUGUGCUAAAGAAAGCAGGUGCAGAAGUAUGUUUGUCCUUGCGAGAAAGAUUUGAUGAACGUGGCCUUCUACCUCCAUUGAAAUUGUGA